AUGCUGGUGGCCGAGUUGCAUCAUGAGUUGGUAGGAGUCAUUCAAGGCUCAAUUAAGAGAGUAACAAUUAAGAAUCAAGCCCGGGUCGGAUACAUACUAGGCCUCCGGGUUGCUCCAUUUUACCGGCACAAAGGAAUCGGUCUGAGCCUAGUGAAGCAUCUCGAAGAAUGGUUCAUAACCAACCAAGUAGACUUCGCAUACAUGGCCACUGAUAAGGAUAACUUAGGUUCAGUGAAGCUAUUCACAGACAAACUCGGGUUCAUCAAGUUUCGGACCCCAACCAUACUAGUCAACCCGGUUGGCCUAAGAAAGAGUCGGAUCUCCCCAACCGUUGAGAUUGCAAAGCUCAAGAUAGAAGAUGCGGAGCUUCUCUACCGAAGGUUCAUGGGUUCUACUGAGUUCUUCCCAGAUGAUAUAGACCGAGUCCUCAGAAAUAAACUGAGUUUAGGCACCUGGGUUGCUUACCCGAUAACCGAGUCAUGGGGGGAUAUCAACUCGGGUCAAUUCCCACCCAAUUGGGCUAUGCUUAGUGUGUGGAACAGUGGAGAUCUAUUCAAGCUAAGGGUGGAUAAAGCACCACUAUCAUGCUUCAUGUAUGCCAAGAGCUCAAGAUUGAUCGAUCGAGUGUUCCCAUGCUUGAAGAUACCGGUUUUCCCUGAUGUGUUUCGCCCAUUUGGGUUUUAUUUCAUGUAUGGGUUGAACCAGCAUGGGCCAAGGUCGGGUUUGUUGGUUCGUUCUUUGUGUAGGUUUGUUCAUAACAUGGCUAUGGAAUUUGAGGAGGAUUGUAAGGUAAUUGUAACUGAGGUUGGGGGUUGUGAUUCACUUAGCCUUAAUAUUCCACAUUGGAAGUUGUUAUCAUGUGAAGACUUGUGGUGUAUAAAGGGUUUGAGAAAAGAAACACAAGAUAGCUUGUUUGAAUUAACAAAAACUCUAACCAGUAGAGAUCUUUUUGUCGACCCUAGAGAGGUAUGA